AUGGAGCUCUCCUUCGGCAGCUCAUUGCAGCCCUCACCAUGGCGGCACACGGAACCGGCGUCGCCAGUGAUGCACACUCCUCUUUCCACCCCAGACCGCUUCAUUGCCGACCGCCGCUCACAGGACAACGUUAUGUCGCACUUUUUCCUCACCACAAACGAGAACACCUUUCCCAUUCAGGCGAGCCCCGACCGACGAGGCGGCUCUGUCUCGUUGAUGACGUCCCCUGGCCGCGGCACGGGUAUCGGCUUCGAUGUGAGCGGCGGAAGUGCUGCUGUUGGAGGCACGGAAGGCGCUGGAAGUAUUGGCAAAACGAGAAACUACUCCUUGGACUGUAGCCCCUCUGACUCAACUAUGCUGGCGACAGAGCCGUACACAAACAAACUUGCCCGGACGCUCUUUCCAAACACGCAGUCGACGGUGUUAGGCAUUCACAGUCAAGUGCUUUGUCAACUCAAAACACCUGAAUCUGAGCAGGAGCGCUAUCGUAACUCGUUAGGUGUUAUAUUUGAGGAAAAUCGAGCAAGAAACUUUCGUUCAAAGACAUUUCGUGUCGUUGCACGGGCUCCUGAGCGUAUUCUUGACGCUGCUGACAUGAUAGAUGACUUCUACCUUCAGCUUAUCGACUGGUCUGCGAAGGAUGUUCUUGCGGUUGGCUUGCAAGGGGCGGUAUAUCUGUGGGACGCCAAGACGUACAAUAUCACUCGGCUCCCUUGCCAACGCCCCUUUGAUGGCUUUUUUUGUGGUGUCAGCUGGAGCGAGGACGGUAACUUUUUGGGCUUGGGCACGAACGAUGGCUCACUGGAAAUUUGGGAUGUAGAAAUGCAGUGCAUCACGCGACGUCUGCACCAGCACACAGAUCGCGUUGGUGCCAUUUCAUGGAAUGGCAGCGCAAUUGCGAGUGGUAGCAAAGAUACCACAAUACGCGUGAAUGACCUGCGUGACCCCAUGGGGUCAUGGACGCUGCGCUGCCACCGGGAGAGCGUGUGCGGGCUGCGAUGGUCCCCGGACAGGGUUCGCAUGGCCAGCGGAGGCAACGACAACCAGUUGCUUCUCUGGGACAGUCGCGCCUUCUCCGUGAGACCGCAGCCCGUGCUGCGCCUCAACAAACACACAGCCGCUGUUAAGGCGAUUGCAUGGAAUCCGGUGCAACACAACCUCCUCCUAAGUGGCGGCGGGUCGGAGGACAAGAUGCUACGUUUUUGGAACACCUCAACGGGCGAGUGCAUCAACUGCCACAAUGCCGAAAGUCAAGUCUGUGGGGUGUUGUGGAAUCUAACUGGAACCGAGCUCGUCAGCUCCCACGGUUUUUCGCACAACCGAUUAACAAUCUGGAAGUAUCCAACGAUGCGACGAGUGGCGGAUCUCACGGGGCACACCUCACGCGUGCUGCAUCUUUGCAUGUCACCGGACGGCGAGGUAGUCGCCUCCGCCGCAGGGGAUGAAACAAUUAGAUUCUGGCGCUGUUUUCCUCAAUGUGAAGAGUCUGACAGAAGAGGUUCUCGCCUCGGGGUGCCGCGCGACGCAAGGUCGCGCCAAAGGUCAAACAAAUGCAGUACCUCUCCUCAUCUGGACGCCUCCCUGCGUGAUGAGAUUCCGCUGCGCUGA